AUGCAGGGAGGCAGCAACAAGGGGAAGGAGGCGCUCAUUAGCUCCAAGGUUUUGGUAGAUGCUGGCGUAUCAAAUACGGAGAAUGAUGACAGGGCCGUGGACGCGCUUGCGCGAGUGAUUGAGAAGGAGGAUUUCGCUUCGAUGGACGUUGUUGGGCAAUUCAACCUCGGGUUCAUCAUCGCACGGCGCCGGAAGGACGCUUCCCCAUCCCCUUCUCGGUCCAUUUCGCAGGAAUUGCAAGUGAUGGAUGACCUUUUCAUCGUGGACCAGCAUGCUUCGGAUGAAAAGUACAAUUUCGAGACCUUGCAGCUUACGACUAGGAUCCAGUCUCAAAAACUAUUUAGACCUCAGCCACUCGAGUUGACUGCGGCGGAUGAACUCUUAGCCACAGAGAAUAUAGAAGUCCUUCGGCAGAACGGCUUUGAAAUAGAGGUCGACGACAGCGAAUGCUCUGGUCAAGGAAGUCGGCUGAAAUUAGUUGCGCAGCCCAUUAGCAAGAGCACUGUGUUCGGUAUGAAAGAUCUCGAAGAAAUCAUCCACCUGAUGCGGGAUCGACCUACAGGCCAAAUGGUUCGAUGUUCGAAGGCUCGAGCCAUGUUUGCGAUGAGGGCCUGUAGGAAGAGCGUUAUGAUCGGCAUGCCACUGAAUUCUCACCAGAUGCUUACGGUGCUGCGACAUAUGGGAACGAUUGACCAGCCCUGGAACUGCCCUCAUGGUCGUCCAACUAUGCGUCAUCUUCUUGAUAUAACCACGAUUGAUUCGACUUCAAUCAUGCAAUCAGCCCCCAUUGAUUGGUCUGCUUUUCAAUGA